CGUUCGGUGCUGAAGUGGGGCGGAUGGAAGAAAAACAGCGGCGAUGGACAUUACACCGCGGGAUUCCCAUCUACGAUGUCGUUAAAUAAGCAUCGGGACAUCGCGUUUGCACACCUAUCACCCUAGGACGCUGACAGCCCAACAGAAAGGGAUGCUGUACUUUCACCGCUCCCUGUACUCUCAAGCCCAUAAAUGACCCUUUCACCGAGAUCCAAGGAAGCCUAGGAGGCAACGGCGAGUGAAUCAAGCGAAAUAAGGAAAAAAGGACAGGAAGUAGUUACAUUUCACCUCAGCUCUCGUGUCCCUUUCUGUGCCUGUCGGUCAGGGAUGGUGAGACCAGUAACUUCUCUUCCUAGUGGUAAAAAGAACGUUCUCGCCUUGCCCCACAUCUCCAGAAAGCCGAACAGACGCCCAGACAGUCCACCAGUCAGUCACUCCGUCAACCAGCCUGCUAUCGUCCAGCAACCUAUUACCUCACACCAUGACUGCUCUGUCUGACCUGUUUUUAGGAACUCACUAAUUCAUGCCCCGGAGUGUGAGUGGAGUGGAGAUGAGAAAAAGGCAGGCGGCACACAUCGAGGCCCCACCCCAGGCCCCUGGACAGCCCCGACCCAACACUUGCUGCCUCUGCUGGUGCGGCUGCUGCAAGUGUCUGUGGAAUGAAGACAGGAUGGAGAGGAGUGAACGACAGACCUGCACCGGGAUGGACAGUAUUGAAGCGGCAGAAGAACAACACCCCAGUCUAGAGGAGUUGCUGUCGUGGUCACGGAGCUUUGAGAUGAUGCUGCGCUCGUUGGAGGGCCGGGAAGUCUUCCGGGAGUUCCUGCGCUCGGAGUACAGCGAGGACAACCUGCUUUUCUGGUUGGCCUGCGAAGAGCUGAAAAAGGAGACGAAUCCCUCAGUGGUGGAAGGGAAGGCCAGGAUCAUUUACGAAGACUACGUGUCCAUAUUAUCACCCAAAGAGGUGAGUUUGGACUCGCGGGUCAGAGAAGGAAUAAACCAGACCCUAGCGGAGCCCAGCAACCUGAUGUACGAGGAGGCCCAGUUCCAGAUCUACACCCUGAUGCACCGCGACUCCUUCCCCCGUUUCCUCAACUCCUCCGUUUACAGAGACCUCCUGGCCAACAGGAGGCGCACCUGCCUCGACACCUAGACCCCUCCACCCUUCCUCAUCGCCAUCGUACGCCAACGAGACUACUACUUAAACUUCAAAUACUACUAUGGUGCCAGAAGUCGGGUUUGGAAAAUCUCUCCCUCUUUUUUGAUUGAAAAGACUGAAUGACAUCCGAGAUAGCUGGUUGUUUUUUUUAUUUAUAUUUUUUAAGCAAUUUAUAUCCAGUUCUCCACUGGAGCCAGGUCGGCCUUUGCUGGUUGGUUAUUGGUCAAUUUAAGACCAUUAAUGCUGGCCAGUGAUUGUUUCGCUAGUGAUUUGUGCUGUUUGUUACGGUUGACUGGCCAACCCUCGUGUCAGCUAUUGGUUGAAGUGGCCAACCUGAUGGCCAGCUGUUGGUAAACUGUGGACAAGGACUCCUCAGGCGGUGGGGACAGAAACAGAGAGAGAGAGAGACAAAAAAAAGGACAAGCCAACUGUUCCUGUACUGUAAUAUUUAGACCUCAUGCUUUCUACCCUCACUUCAAUAUUCUCUAACUUUACUCAUUCUCUUUAAUAUUUUUUGUUUUGUUUUCCUAAUUCUGUCCUUUUCCUCAGAUGUGUUUAAUUUUGUUUUUAAUUUCUCGUCUGUCCAAACAUGACACCUAGUUGUUGUUGGUGGGAGUUAGGGCGCGUCUGCCCAUUUAACCAGUAGAAGCACUGGCUCUGCAUGUAACUCUCUCUCUCUACAGUAGCUUGACCAUGUAAGCCGUGGACUGCAACCGUUUUUUGAAUAUUGAGAUGUAUUAAGUCUCUCUGUCUGGCUGUCUAAGUUCAGUGAAGGGAAAAAGUACACUUCUGCCAAUUUAAAGCAUACUGCAGUUUUUUUAUUGAGGAGAUUUGAUUGCUUCUGCAGCAAAGGCAGCAGCACCUACCCAUCCAUCCACCUGUCCAUCCAUCUGUCCGUCCGUCCAAGCACUUUCCUUCUUUAGGAUUCUUUAACUGGGAGAAGUAAGGGCUAGAAUUGUGGUUGGGCAGCUACAUGUAUUAUUAUUACUCAUGAACUUUAAACAAAAAAAAUCUCUCCACUGAGAAAAUCACAAUGCCUUUACAUGUAAGAAAAGGCAGCACAAGCGCUGCUGGAGUUUUUCUGGAAAGCAACCACAGUUUGUCCAACGAUCCCUACCUCCCAUCUUUUUCCCACUCCCUUCCUCCCUCCUCCCUAUUCCCUCCAACUCAGACCAUCACAGCCUGACAAGCACAGGUGCCCAAU